CGAGAAUCAUCCACACAGAGAACAUUGUGUGGAGCAGGCUCCGGUCGGUGCGUGUCAGCUGAGCAGCUGAGAGGAAGAGGGAGGGUGAGACAGAGAGAGAGGGAGAGAUCCUCCUUGGCACACACCCGUCAGUGUGGCAGUGUGAUUGUGACUGACUGGGCUGACAGACGGGAGAUUCUGGAGGAAACACGCAGGACAGGGACGACACACUCUCCGGGUUUCUCCUCUCUGUCAUCGUUGCCACGGCAGAUGGUUUUCUAGCUGCGCCGCCUGUAUCCACCUCAGCAUCGGAUUUUGCUUCAUUUUCUUUUUCCUCCUUGAUUGGCUGAAGCGGGGCUGAACCCAGCCAACCUGGGCCGGGCUGUGGGGCUGUUCAGCGAGCCUUAUAGCUGAAGUUGGCACCCGAGAUGAGCGCCUGGAGACCCGGGAGCGCGGCUCUCUCCUCGCCGGGGAGAGUGUCUGGGUCGUGGCGGUGCUGGUGGUGGUGGUGGUGGGUUGUGUUGAUCGGGGUGGCAGUGGGCUCUAGAGACCCGUGGAUGUCCGCGGAGGCAUGCCCGCCGUCUUGCUCUUGCAGCAGCACCAGGAUCUCCUGCGUGGACCCGGAGCGGGGUAUCAAUGCUUUCCCCGUCCUGCAGAGCGAGGCGGAGAUGGAGAACAUCACCGACAUCUACAUCGCCAACCAGAGCAGCUUCUCCUCCAUCAACGACAAAGACCUGCACUACUACAAGAAUCUCAGGAACCUAACGGUGACCAACAGCAGGCUAACAUACGUAUCGAAGCUGGCCUUUCAAAACAACCUCAAGCUACAGUACCUGAAUCUGAAAGAUAACAACCUGUCAUCGCUGUCCUGGAGGAUAUUCAAACACCUCAACAUCUCUUAUCUGAUCCUGACAGGGAACCCUCUGCACUGCUCCUGUGAGAACAUGUGGAUCAAGCUGUGGUUAGGAGAGGAGGCAGACACUCAGGAGCUGCGCUGCAUCGAGGAUGGAGGAGCACGCAAGCUGCUGUCCAGACUGACACUGCCUAACUGUGAGGUUCCCAUGGCAACGUUGAGCCCGUCCAAAGUGGUAAAAAUGGAGGGGACACAAGUGGAGCUGUCCUGUACGACCUCUGGAGUGCCCUCUCCUGAGCUCAUAUGGAACAUGGCGUUGGUCUCCAACUAUGAGAUCUUGACAUCAGGCCAGGUGUCAGUGCUGCGACUGUACAACCUGUCGUCGCUGGACCACAACAGCAAGAUCAGCUGCACAGCUGAGAACAUUGUUGGAGAGAAAGAGUCCUCGCUGCUGCUGGAUAUACUCUUUCCUCCUAAGAUCACUAAGCUGAGUGAUGCGAUCCCUGACCAUCACUGGUGCAUCCCUUUCAGUGUCUCAGGAAACCCAGAGCCGCACCUACAGUGGUUUCUGGAUGGUGAAGCAGUGACAGAGGAUGUCUACAUCAUGACCAUGAUCCAUGACAUCACAGAGAGAGAAUACCACGGCUGCCUGCAGCUGGACAGCCCCACACACCUCAACAAUGGCCGCUACACGCUUUUGGCUAAAAACCAAUAUGGGUUGGACCAAAAGGAGGUGGAGGCUCACUUUAUGCGCAAGCCCUGGAAUGGAACGGAGAAGGAGCCUUACUAUUAUGAACUAACCACAGAGGGCCCCCCUGCAGACCCUCCUGAAGACAGAGUCGCUGUGUAUGUGGUGGUCGGCAUCGCUGCUGUAGCCUUCACUGGUUUCCUUCUAAUGUUGGUUAUUCUCAAGUUUGGAGGAAAUUCCAAGUUUGGCAUCAAAGGACCAUCCUCCGUCAUCAGUAACGAUGAUGACUCCGCCUCUCCUCUUCACCAUGUCUCCAACGGCAGCAACACUCCCUCUUCCUCAGAGAUGGGCCCUGACGCGGUGAUCAUCGGCAUGACCAAGAUCCCGGUGAUAGAAAACCCUCAGUACUUCAGGAGCACAAACAGCCUGCUCAAAACUGACACAUUUGUCCAGCACAUCAAGAGACACAACAUCGUGCUGAAGAGAGAGCUGGGAGAGGGAGCCUUUGGAAAAGUCUUCCUGGCCGAGUGUUACAACCUCUCACCUGACCAGGAGAAGAUACUGGUGGCUGUCAAGACGCUCAAAGAGGCCAGUGAAAAUGCCAGGAAGGAUUUCCACCGUGAGGCUGAGCUGCUGACCAACCUCCAGCACGAACACAUUGUCACUUUCUAUGGAGUCUGCGUGGAGAGCGACCCUCUCAUCAUGGUGUUUGAGUACAUGAAACAUGGUGACCUCAACAAGUUCCUCAGGGCUCACGGUCCUGACGCAGUUCUGAUGGCAGAGGGCCAGACAACCAGACCUGUGGAGCUGACCCAGUCACAGAUGCUGCACAUUGCCCAGCAGAUAGCAUCUGGCAUGGUCUACCUGGCAUCACAGCACUUUGUGCACCGUGAUCUGGCCACCAGGAACUGCCUGGUGGGCGAGAAUCUGCUGGUAAAGAUCGGAGACUUUGGCAUGUCCAGAGACGUCUACAGCACUGACUACUACAGGGUAGGUGUCGGAGGUCACACCAUGCUGCCAAUCCGUUGGAUGCCCCCUGAAAGCAUCAUGUACAGAAAGUUCACCACAGAGAGCGAUGUUUGGAGUCUAGGAGUUGUUCUCUGGGAGAUCUUCACAUAUGGAAAACAGCCGUGGUAUCAGCUCUCCAAUAAUGAGGUGAUAGAGUGUAUAACCCAGGGCAGGGUGCUGCAGCGCCCCAGGACCUGUCCUAAAGAAGUGUACGACCUGAUGCUGGGCUGCUGGCAGAGGGAGCCGCACAUGAGACUCAACAUCAAAGAAAUCCACGGUCUGCUCCACAAUCUGGCCAAAGCCUCACCUGUAUACCUGGAUAUACUGGGCUGAACACAGGAGGAGGACGGAGGAUGUGUGCAUGUGUGUGUGUGUGUGUGUUUGAGUGGGGAUGGUUACUGUAUCUUAGUGUGUGUGUGUGUGCAUUUGCAUGUAUGUGUGUGAGUGUGUGUGGUAGGGUUGACCCGGUGACACCUGUGAAUGAAACGAAGUGUGCGAUGCUCGUGCAAGUGUGCGCGUGCGCAAGGUACCGCUGUACAGGAUGUGAAGCUAUUAUCAAACUCUUAAAGGCAAUCAAAAAAUUCCUCAACUCAUCCCCCAACCACGUCUUUCCUCCCUGCCAAUUUCCUCUCCUUUGUGCAUCUUUACUCCUUCUCCCCCUUCCUUCCCGGAGAGACAUUUACUAAGAGUAAUUUAACUUUGGAGGGGAUAAAAAAAGCUUCUCACUUCUUUUCAAAUGCUUUAAACUGACUGGGGCUAAAUUGAUGAAAACCUGAUUAACAGGACUUUAAAUUUAGUGACUCAUCCCUUCGCUGCCUGUCGGACAACAGGACUAGUUUGGAGAUCCGGAAAUUUUUCAAGGAGGCGCAGCACUGGGUGGAUUUCCGGAAGCUUCAAUUCCUUUUUGCAUGUAAAUAUGAGACUGUACGAUGGUGAGACAUUUCAGAGGAAAUGGCUCUGUGCAAUGUCGAGCCAUAAAGACACUGUGUUUUCCCCUCUCACCCUGUCUGUCUGUCUGUCUGUCUACCCGUCUGUCUGUCCGUCUCUCAGAACUGUACAUGAGUAUUAAUGUCAGCAUUCAUCCAACAUGGCCAGAAAAUGACUCCACAGUUGAUGAUUAACACGCUGGUAUGCAUACAGUAGGUCGACUGUACCAGAAAAAUGACUAAGAAAAGAAAACACAAGCUGGUUUCUGCCUGUCAGAUCAAAUUAGGAGGUUUUUGGUUGGCCAGUUUCACGGAAAAUAAUAAAAUCACUAACAAUACAGUGCCUAUUGAAGCUGAACAGCUGUGGUGAAAAAGGCUGAGGUAUUCUAAUAUACUAGAAAUAAAUAAAAACGAAAAAAGACUCGCUUGAUCUGGCACUGAUCUACAAUAUCUCCUCAUGCAGCAGUCUGAUAUACAUGAUUAUGAGGAUAUAUGCACUCACAUAUGCAUACUGUUUUCUGUCACACAUUUACUUUGCUCAGGCCUGGACUGCACUGUCAUACACAUGGCACAGGGUAACAUGAUGACUACUUUUUUUCUCCCCCCCCUCCCCCGAAGUGACAGAUGCUUCACUUGAGAUUUCAAGCUCUCGUGUCGGAGGUCAAUUGAUUCAUUUGUCCGCAGCUGUCCCGACAAUUGUGAGGUCUUGGUGUUGGGGGG